AUGACCCUUUUUUCUCGGACUAGCAACCCAUUUCUCCCCUCCAUUCGAGUUAGGGUUGUUCCGUUCGGCGUGGUUCAUCUUUCUCCUACGAGGACAGGUUCGUCUCAGGUGACCCGAUCCUCCACAGCGCCAACAGCUUUGCUUCUUACAACUGGCCGAAAAGUGCCCGACCACACCACAAGUCCAGCAUCUCAGAGUUUUUCACGGGCGAACAUCGGCGUUUCCCGGACCCUUUUCCUUCUCGUUUACAGUCUCCCUCUGCCGUACACCACCGAGCCUUGUGCCCGAACUCGCCACAAGUCAUGCAGUUCGGUCCCAAAGACCUUGGGUUGCCUCCAUAGUUUGUCGGACAGUUGCGGGCCCGAUGACCACCAUACUUGCAACUCCAACACACCAGCCCAUAUCGCCCUGGUGUGGGCUUGUGAAAUCGAUAACGCAGAUCCCAGGCUCUCCUAUUGGGAACUGCCUCAGCCUUCCAGUCCUAUUCCACCUUUUGGGUCCCGUAUCUGGAUCCGCUCCCGGUCCUCCUUUUUUAUCACUUACCUUGCCCCCACACCCGGGGGGUUUCUACCUACACCCCCUCUUAUUCUAUCCCAGAGUUGUUCGCUGGUCCGAGCCGCCUCUAUGGCUGUGGCCAGGCUGACCGGUCACGCCUUUAGAACAUCGCCCUGUCACUCAGCGUAUCCACUAGGCCAACAAGGCCUGAAUAGGACCACUGUCCCGAGUCGCCAACUCCGGAAAAGGUAUCGCCACUAG